CCGCCUGGGAGGAAGAAAAAAAAAGUGAGAGGGAGGGAGCGAUGUGGAGAGAGAUGAAGAGGACGGAGGGGGCGUAUAUCUCUUCAGUAGCUCGUGGACUGGGAAGAGGCAGCAGUAGUAGAAGACAGCCUCUCCUGUGGACAUAGAGGACGAUCCGGUGGUUAUACCCAGCAGAUAAAACGUGGACCACAUUGCUCUGCCAUUAUCACGGCAUACGUAAUAAUCCCCCUCAGCCUGCCGCAUAGGACGCCAUCGGGGAGGAUCUGAACCGAGCUGCAGAGGAAGAAUGAUGUGACAAAUGGGCCACAAUUCCCAGAACGACUGCUUCACUUCCUUGCUCAAUAUGGCUACCAAGUUGCUCCUGCUCCAAGCUUUGGUCAUCUUCUACCCCCAUUGUUCUGGUGCACAGACCGUCAUCGGUUCAUCCUCUUCCUUCACGACCCUGAACCUGCCUUCGCCUACCAAGCAGACGGUUCGAAUCUGGCCUUCUUUGCCUCCCAGAGGGCGCAGUGACGUUCCCAUCAGAGUAACGACCCAGGAGAGGCUUGCAGAUUUGAAUGCGGUGGAACAAGGACAAAGGAUGAUCAAUCCGACGCCGCAGUUCAACCCAUCUUUAAUUUUAACGCUAUCUCCACAGAAUCUUAGCAGGGGGCAAAUUUCAACCCAGCCAUCUGCCUCAAGGCCCAGGACUGACACAGCUAGUUUAGCAUCCAGGAGGGCUUUAAAAAGCGGAGAAGCUGCUACAAAAGGCCCAACUCCACCUUUGCCCACUUUGCCGUCCCAUGCAGAGCGUGCAGAUGAAAGACCGAUCAAAGGCACAGGGGAUGGUGAUUCACAAGGGCUUGGAUCUGGACGAGCUCCAAUGGAGACAUCGGAGACGCAGAAAUCAACAGUUGCUGAGGAAAUGGCUCAGUAUCGACCACAAGCGCAGACCAUGGUCUCCAAAGUUACGGAUGAAGUAACCCCAUCCCUGGAUGAUCAGAAUAACCACACUCACCUGUUUGGGUUGACAACAACCAGUGUAAUCUCUACAACACCACAACCAACUCCUAAGACUGCAGAAUUAGCAGCAGAUCACCCUGACAGACUUCAGCCAAAGCAGGGCUCUACUGCUGUGACAUCUCCCAAACCCACGUCUGCUGCUGAUAAACACCCACAGACUGCAGGACAACCUGUCACCAACAGAAGCCAGGCUGGUCCGAAUCCAAACAGUUCAACAGAACAAGAAACCCACACAUCUACAGCUGGUCUUCCAGCUACUACGCCGCAGACAGCUACAACCCAGAGCAUCAAAACAGCAGAAACAGGAAGAAAUACGUCCAGCACUACCGUGCAGUCGCCAAAGAAAGAGGCCUCUUCACUUCUCACAACCAGCGUCAUCCCUGUGAUCCGACCCAGUCUCCGCUCCAGGUAUCCUCUGGGACAUCCCAAGCUGGCUCCGCACUCCACUUUUAAUCCGGACCCAUCUCCCGGUGCCAGUCCCUCUACGAAUGGCACAUAUCUUCACUGGGAUGAUUUGAGCCGCACGCUGCCUUUUGCCUGGGAGCUGCACGUCUACGGGACAGCGAGCCUCUUCCUGCUCCUGUUUGCCGGAGCCGCCCUCGGCCUGAUUCUGUCCCCUGGAGCGAACUGUCCUCAUUGCGGGGCUCUUGGACUUGCCAACGCCCUGUUGUUUCUGGCUGGGGGCCUUAGGGCAGCUCUGUUUUUCAUCGACCCGUAUGGCACACGGGAUAUCAUCCCUCGGCCAGCAGUCAAGGCCCUCUACAACCUGCCUCUUCACCUGCUGGUGUGGGCCCAGGCGUCCCUGGUCCUUCUUGCACUCAAGGUGGCAGGAGUCCGUUUGCUACCUCCAGCCUUCGAGCACCCCCCUCUGGUGGCUGUGCUCACCGUGUUACAGUGUACGCUGCAGUUAGCUGCCGAUCUGUUUUCUCCAGCUCUGUCUCCCUUAGUACCCGUCACCAUACAGGUCCUGUCCUUAUGCUGGGGCUUGGGCCUCUGUUUGGGCUAUCUUUGCUACGUAUUUCCACGUAUACGCUGCCCUACUCUUCCCCAUCACAGUGGUCCUGUUGAGGCGAGGAGUAAGACUUGGACCGGGAGCCAAAGAACCGCCGUGAUUCUGGGAAGAGUGCUGGCAGUCUGCGCAGUUCUGGGAGCAUUGUGCUGUGGCUUGCAUGUCUAUGCUACCUUGUGGCUGUACGGGCUGUUAGAAGACUGGACACACUUCAGCUGGGGAUGGUGGCUGGUGCAUUUCUGGGCUCGGCUGCUGGAACUGACCUGGGGGUUUUUCCUGCUACUUCUGGCAUCCUGGGUGUUCUGGAGGCCCGCCUUGUGCCGGGCAAGGGAGGAAGGAGGGCAAGAUGGCAGCGCAGGUGACCUCCCGUCCCCUGGUCAGUCUGUGGGUUCCCCUCAAAGACACAAUUGCUGGUCUAAGAUAGUCCAAAGUCUGAGGGGUAAGCCCUGCAGAAAGUCUGACAGUAAUGGUGUAGGAGGAGGAGGAGGAGCAGGAGGAGCGGGAGAGAUGCCAAACAACUGGGCUGGACAAGAGCGACCUGGCGCUGAUAUCAGCAAGAGUCUUAUAAGGAACCAGGACCUUGAGCAGAACAUGGUCCAGCCGCGCUCGAUCAAAGACAGCAACCACGGACGCAACCACAGGGGCCACUCGGCGGAGCGAGGCAUAUCUGAGGAUUCCACCGGCUCCCUGCUCAGACUGCAGAUUUUGGGUCCGCCUCCACAGCGCUCAGUGAGCGGCAGCUUGGACCAGGACAGAGAUGCGUCUCUGUCUUUUUACGAAUUUGACCUGCGGCCACCCUCCCCCAUUGACCUGACUCGCAGCAUCGACGAGGCUCUGCACAGAGAACAUUUGCUCACAGGAGGGAGUCUGUUUCAUCCUGUAAUUCAGACUCCUUCUCCAGGCUCUGGGAUCAGCCAGGACCAGUGGCUUCGCAGGAACAGUGAUCCUCAGAUGCUUUCUGAGAGCAGCGAAGCCCCAACAGAGUCCUCCAUGCCUCUGGGGGGUAGCGUUCUCAGCAGUGUACCCAGCAGGCAGGUGACUGCUCCCCCCACGCCGUCCCACCAGGGCCACAGGUGGGCAGGGAACGGCAUGGCCAGCGUUCCCUCGUCGGUGUCUUGCCCGGUGUCACUUCGUCCCUCCAGAACAUCUACGGGACAUCUGGGUGAGGACGGAGUGGACGACACGCGGCCGUUUAUCACCCCGGACUCUGAAAGGGUGCGAGGGAGAGCCGGGAGACCCGGGGGUUCACGCAGUUACUUGGAAGUGAGCCGGCAUGACGACUCUGCCAGCGUCAGCAGUGAAAUUAUAGACCUUUGAACCACACAAUGGACAUUAAGACCGGUGACUGCAAUUCAGAUAUUCAAUACUAUAAUCAAUACUGUUCGGAAAGAGGAACCAGCGUAAGAGAAACUUCAGGUGAUUAGUCUUAAACUUAUCAUCCUGCAGUCUUCUAUUUUGAGGAUUUCCCAUGUAAAGUUAUCUAAUGGCUUUUAGCAUAACUGGGAGAUAUAGCACAUUUAUACACACCACCCCAUACACAGCUGUUUCCAUCUUUUUCUCUUAAACAUCAUUUUAUCACACACUGCGUUUCCACUACAAGAACCUUUUUCUAGGAACCGGGGUAGGUUCCGGGCUCUUUUUUUUUUUUACUCUCGUCAUUUCCAUUGCAAGAACCAGGGCAUUAUCAGUAGGGUACCAACGUAGAAAUCUUCUUCUGGUGGGGGGAAAAAGAACAAAACACAAAAAAACAAACUCAUGGUGAAUUUCACCAGUGCUUAUAUUUAAAUGCAUUCCUAGCAUCAUCCUAACCUUAGUGGAAAUAAUUAUUAAAUGACUUAAACCAAGCACUGACUUGUGCUUUCGUCCGUCUCUGAAGUCAAAGCAAAUGAGCCUCUCACCACAUUUUUUUGGGACUUAAACCUGAUGUUUAAAUAUUUUACAGUGUUUCUGUUUUGAGGCACAAAUAGAGACACUUAAAUCUCUUGUUAUUUGUGCGUUAUGAGCCGAUUUUAAGUUUGGUAGAAAUGAGGCACGGUGUAUCUGCUGCUUGCUGCUGCAGCAUUUGUUGUUCUUGCUCCUUGGACGGUUUAAGUAUUAAAAAUCAAAUAACUUUUGAUUGUGAAGCAAUCUUUAAUUCUGCUUUUUAGUGUGGCAACUGUGAAAUCUUUCCAAGUUAUGACAGUAGAACAGCGGGUCAUAUACUGUCUUCCGGUUUACUCUAAGGCUGGAGUUCGGAGCAGGAAAUAGCACAACUGAGUUUGGAUCAUUGCGGUUGCAAGUGGAAAAACAAGAGAAUUUGGUAUUUGUUUUGGUGCAAACUACCACUAGCAAAGCAAGCCGAUAACAAUAUAUUUCUCUCUAUUUUAUGCAUUCAAACACAUAAAUAAAUAUCCACAAGGAGAUAUUUUAAAGUACUGGUUUAUUGUACCACUGGUUAAAUGAGAUGCAGUCAGAAGUGCUUCCCAGUAA